AUGCCGAACAAGCGUGGAUUCUCUUUGGACGAGUCACCAUAUCCGAAGCCGGUGCGGGCAUCGUGGGCCCCAAGCAACGGGCGGCAGCGCACGACUCAGGAGUCAGAGCAGUCUGCACGGGGCGCGGGCUGGAGACUAAGACGAUGGGCUGUCCAAUUGAUGGAUAAUAACAAUGUUGCUUGUAUGCACUGUGCGUGCGUCGUCGCAUUGACGGUUGACGCAGCGCGCAGACUCGGAGAUGGCCAAAAACGCCUGUUGCGGCAGUCAGGUGACGCCGCAGCCAGCUCCUUCCUCGGCGUCCCCUUCGCGCCUGCCGAGUACGAUGCGGAGUCACGAGAUUUGGAUUAUUGUCUGAAGCCUUCACCGCCGGCACAACUUCUGCGUCAAGUUCCAACUGACUCUGCCUCUGUUUUCCAAGCAGUUGGAAGCCGGUAUCAAUACUUUCGCCCCGUCAGGGUGGCCGCCACUGCCCGCCGCGGCCGGUUUUCACCAACCAGUGAGAUCGCCCAGGCCAUGUUGAGCCAUCUGAUUCGAUUGCUGACGUGCAUUAGCGCUACCAGGGAUGAGCUGAGGGCCUGA